AUGUCCUGUGCUCUGGAGGUGGAUGUCCUGCCAAGGGUCAGCAGUGACCAGGACCCUGGCAGCUGUGACAGCAGCCUGGAUGAAGUGCUGAGCUUUUCUCCAGAUCUGGGGCUCUCACCUGUCACCUGCCUCUCUGGGAACAUGGGGCAUCUACACUGCGGAGACAGUGUCACUCCAAGGAGGAAGCUGAAAUUAUCCCCAGACUCCCAGCAAUCAAGCCCGACGGAGGCACCAAGCCUGCAACAGACUGCCAUGGGAACUGCAGCGCUCUCAGGUAUGACGUCGCUCAAGCUGGCAUCGUUCAAUGUGAAGGGCUUCAACUCCCCAGAAAAGAGAUCCCAGGUGCUCUACCAUUUCCACCGACGAAGGGCCCAGAUCGUGUGUUUCCAAGAGACCCACUUCAAGCACGGUAAGGCUCCUGCCAUUCGUAAUAAAUAUUACACCUCCUGGCACUUUGCUGACAAUCCAGAUACUAAGUCAAAAGGUGUCGCCAUAGCGAUACAUAAAUCUCUCCCUCACCAGUUACAUCUAUUUUUAUAUAUUUACUGUUACAUUGUAGAUUUCCCAAGUGAACUGACUCCUGUCCUAAAACCGCACGUCUGCAAUACAAGCGAUUCUUCUUUCCAGUCCAGCUACAAGCCGAAGAAGGCGGCUAGAAAAGUCAAUGUGAGAGACCAUGAGAACAAAUGUCGUAAGGACCCAAGAAAGAAAAAAUCUCGCCUGAAGCUUCUAGACUUGUUCCAAAGCUCAGAGCUUGUUACAGGACACCAGGAUCAGAGACCGGAGAAACAUCACAAAGACGUCCACAGAGAAAGCAACGAGAUAGAAAAUACGCAAUGUUCUGAGAGCAAGAGGGUUUCGAUGGGAGACAUCAGCCCAGCGUUCAAUGAAGAUGAAAGUGAGGACCUCAUUGGAGACUUCUCAAAACCUUACAGCCUACCUAUAGAACGGGGAAACCAUCAGGACCUGAAAUAUAUAACAUGCGGCACGUUAGCGCAUGUACUCGGAGGAGGAUAUAUAGAGAUUGUACAGACGUACCAUCUUGUGGACUGCCGCUAUCCUUAUGAAUAUGCUGGAGGUCAUAUCAAGGGGGCCCUGAAUUUAUAUAAAGAAGACCAGAUUUCGGAAUAUUUUUUUAAGAGUCCAUCACUUCCCCGGGGCAGAAGACUAGUAAUCUUUCACUGUGAAUUCUCCUCUGAAAGAGCUCCCAAACUGUGUCGGACUUUAAGAAACCUGGACAGGAAAGCAAACCAGUAUCCACAUCUCUGCUACCCUGAACUCUAUCUAUUAAAGGGUGGCUAUAAGGAGUUCUAUGAAACAUAUAAACAACUGUGUGAACCGCAAGGUUACAUAAAAAUGGUUCACAAGGAUUUCCAAGACCAAUUAAAAAAUUACCAAAAAAAGAAGAAGAACUUGUCGGGCCAAAGGAUCCGUAAAGAGCUGUUUAAGCCUCUGACCUCCAGUAAAAGCUUCAGUCCUGUUACAACGCAGAGCGUACUGAAAUUGUAAGGCAUGGCCUACAGUGACUGAAUGGACCUACACUGACAGAAAUCAUGGCAACCUGACAACCAAGGGAAAUAAAGCUA